GUUGGCCAAGUCUCCAUCAAGGUUACCACGUUUUGACACUACACUCAUCAACUCCAUGACCAACAAGGGCCGGUAAAAUCGUCACGGCUGAGCUACAAGGUGCCGACACCGAAGUUAACGGGUUCUUGGGCACACGGCGAUGGAAAACUGUGCGACCUUGGUGGCUCCUGCUGGAAUAUAAAGACAGACCCCGUCCUCAAAGAAAAACAAUCGCCAUGAGUCUCUUCAAAGAUGUCGACAUCCUCGCCAGGAUCAAGGCCGCGACCCUGGCACAAGGGGAGUGUCGGGAAGUACAGCAUGUGCAGAAGGCGCAGAACGCGGACUGCCCUCUUCUCCAACUUCCCGUGGAGAUACUCCUCACGAUUGUCGAAAUGCUGCCUGAACACGACAUCAUGGUCGUGCUCCAGACCUGCCGCUCACUGCGUUUCGCCGUUGGUCGUCUGCGCCUUUCUGUUGACUACCUCACCCGUGACGAGGCCGUCGAGUUCCUCGUCAGCAUCGCACGCGAACUGCCCGACCGAUGGGUAUGCGAGCUGUGCAUGAAACUCCAUCCUCUCCGCGUUUUCGACAACUCGAAAAAGGUAAAGAGAAGCUCUUGUCCUCGGGCUCCUCUCCGGGAAGAAUACUACCCCAUGAACUACGACCGACGACUCUGCCACCACCACGUGCAACUCGCUCUCAAGUACGCACGCAUGGAAAAGAUCCAGAGGAGGUACCGGAAGUACCUCGAGGCCGUCCUGUCCCCGAGUCACAUGAACUGCGUCUCAAGCGUCGUGGAUCUUAGGUGCCAUCAAUCAUACUACCCCAAGAUCGUUGGAGGGAGGUUCUUGAUGCUAGGAGUCUUCCACUAUCACAGGAAUAGGGUGGACGUCUCGGCGAAGGCCAUCAGCUACUUGACGGUCUGCUCGCACCAAAACUUCAUCUUCUCCGACUUCGCCCGAUUGGAAGCGCUCCGGGCAAUUGAACCAACGCCUCCACCGGACCCGAACCUCGCCCUCUCAAGCACGAUGCUGGAGGGAUUUGAGGCCGGUGGCAUGGAAGUGCAGGGGUGUUGCUCUCGCUGUCCAACCGAUUUCGCCUUUCAUGGUACUGCCGACCAUGCCACGCUGCAUUUCUGGCAAGAUUUGGGACCCGAGGGGUCACCACUGAAUCCGGAAUGGAGGAUAAACUUGCUGAGUAUCCAUAUUCCGGAGGAGAGACUCAAGGUGGAGCAUGUGGAGGGAAGCAUUCGGAGCCUCUACGAGUCCGACAGUUAGGCAAAGGAUAGAUGUGAAGAUAUUAUUCGGUACAGAGUAUUAAUAAUUACACGUUC